AUGGAUCGAAGAUUCUUGUUCUUAGUUUUGCUGUGUUUACUUGUUCGAUUUUCGCAUGGCAGAAAAGACUCGAUUUUGAGACUGCCCACUGAUACUGCUUCGACUAAGUUUGAUCCAACCCGCAUCACCCAGUUAACGUGGACUCCCAGGGCCUUUUUGUAUAGAAACUUCUUGACAGAUACAGAGUGUGAUCAUCUCAUAUAUUUGGCCAAAGAUAAGUUGGAGAAGUCAAUGGUAGCUGAUAAUGAAUCUGGAAAGGGUGUUGAGAGUGAAGUCAGGACAAGUUCUGGCAUGUUUCUUGCAAAGGCCCAGGAUGAUAUCAUUGCUAAUAUCGAGGCAAGAAUUGCUGCAUGGACUUUCCUUCCGAUAGAAAAUGGUGAGGCUAUGCAAAUUUUGCACUAUGAGAACGGCCAAAAGUACGAGCCGCAUUAUGAUUAUUUUCACGAUAAGGCUAAUCAAAGAUUGGGUGGUCAUCGAGUGGCUACUGUGCUUAUGUAUUUAUCAAAUGUCAAGAAAGGUGGAGAAACAGUUUUUCCCGACUCAAAUAUGGAACAGCCUAAAGGAGAUGACUGGUCCGAGUGCGCCAAAGAAGGCUAUGCAGUGAGACCACAAAAAGGAGAUGCACUAUUGUUCUUCAGUCUCCACCCGAACGCCUCAACUGACCCGACCAGCUUGCACGGCAGCUGCCCAGUCAUCGAGGGCGAAAAGUGGUCCGCCACUAAGUGGAUUCACGUUAGGUCUUUUGAUAAACUGUCAGAUGACGAGUUGUCAGAUGACUCGUCAGACAAUGGUGAUUGUGUCGACAAGAACCCUAACUGUUCCAUGUGGGCCCGCAGAGGCGAAUGUAAGAAAAAUCCCCUAUACAUGGUCGGCUCGAAAGAUGAAGUGGGCUACUGUAAGAAGAGCUGCAAUGCAUGCUCGUCUUAG